ACAAUUCCGUCUCCAAAUCUAAUAAGCACAAUUCCGCUCCAAAUCGUUAGCAAGUUCCCGGAACGCACUACACUCGUUUUCCCCGGCGAAUCCGAAAGGAUGGAUUUCCACGAUCAGGACGUGGACGUCUACGGAGACGAUUACGAACAAGGUGAGGAGGGGGAAGAUGAAGAAGUUGAGCAGCAUCGAGGCGGCGACGACGAUGAAAACGGUAGCCACGAUUCUUCAGGCUCGUCCUCGCCGUCGUCAUCUUCCUCUUCCAGUGGCAGCAGCAGCGCCAGGAGUAGUAGCCGGAGCUCCAGCGACGGCGGCGGCGACGGCGAUCAGGGGGAGGCGAUCGAGUCCGCCUCACAUAGAGUCGUUUAUGAGGAUUUUGAGGAGGGAGAUCUAUUUGGCUCGGACAACGAAGACUAUUUUCGAACGCCGGCUCGCAGCCCGUUUACGGUCCCAGUGCUACCUUCCAUACGGAACUCCAAUAACCACACUAGGGGUACUUUUGGACGUGGCAGGGGUGGACUGCUUCCAAGACCAGGAUACCCCCCUAGGCAGAAUUAUGGUUUUGGUAAUAAGUUUUCAUAUGGAAAUGGACGUAAUGAUGAACGAUUCGUUUCUGAAUUAAGGCUUACUAAGAGUGAAGAAACCUUGUCAAGAAAAUCGAUCCAAUUUCAGGAGCCUUGUGAGUUGGCAUGUUAUAGCCGCGUUGAAGGUGGUGAUGUAUACUUUGAUGAUCGCAGCUUGAGGCUUUUUAAACGCUUUGUUUGUGAGGAUGUGGGAGCAGAUCUCAAUAAAGGAUUUGUGUCAUUUGUUGAGAAGAAAGAUCUGGGAUCUGAAGGUUUUGGUGAUCUUCUUGCUUGCAUAAGGCAUGCAAACAUUCCUCUUCAGAAUAUUCAUUUUGUGACUUUUCGUAACAACCUCAAUAAGAUAAUGGCUACAGCCUACAUACGAAAUGAACCAUGGAAAAUGGGUGUGCAUAAGAGAAAUGGUGUUGUGUAUCUUGAUGUGCAUAAGCUUCCAGAGAGGCCGCAAUCAGAGAUUGACCGCCUAAGAUGCUAUUGGGGCUAUGCUUUUGAGAACCUUGCAACUGAGAACUCCAGAGACAUGGGUGAAGAUGGUAAAGGUAUUGAUGCGAAUAUGGAAUUCUGUUCCGUGAUCAAAACCAAACUAGGAGCACACAGAAUCAUUAUGGGUGCAGAGAUGGACUGCUGUGAUGAAACUGAUGCUGGAAGGAAAUUUUAUGUAGAGUUGAAGACUAGUCGAGAGUUGGAUCAUCGAACUGAGGAGCGAUAUGAAAGAGAGAAACUUUUGAAAUUUUGGAUCCAAUCUUUCCUGGCAGGUGUUCCUUACAUUGUUGUUGGGUACAGGAAUGAUUCAGGGAUACUUCUUCGAACUGAGAGGCUAAGAACCACUGACAUAACACAACGGGUAAAGAUGAAAGGCUAUUGGCAGGGAGGGGUUUGCCUAGCAUUCGCUGAUGAGGUCUUCUGCUGGCUAUACGGAACUGUAAAAGACAAUGAAGACUAUAUUCUGCAAUUUGUUCAUCCCUACAAUCGCUUGGAACUUCUCCGAGCCCAAACAUCACCAGAAGCCAUCAACAAGCAUGUAGAACAACUCCUAACUUACUAAUAAACACAGUUCUAACACUUGGUUCUGUACCUCAAUAUACAGUUUUCAUUUGUAUGGCUUUGGAAUAUUUUCACAUCAUUACACAACUCUACUUUCCAGCCAUUUAAGCUUAUGGCUAUGGAGUAUUCCAGCUUAUACAACCACAUGAUGCAGUCUGUUGGAUAAAUAGUGGAUUUAAUAAACAUUAUUUUAUCCCAUUGUCAAAAGGUUUAACGUAGGCAAGUGUAUGCUCCAUUACACAUCUUGGUAGAUGUAUAUAUUUCAGUUAUGAUUGCAUAGUUUGAAAUGAAUAUUGGACUGUUGUAGUCAUAAUAGAUUUCCUCAAUUCAAUUUGCUGUAGCUUUUGUUUUAUCAACAAUUACAUUGAGUGCUGCUUUUUUCAAGCUUGAGUCUUUGAACUUACAGUAACCCGUGCUGAUGUGGAAUCGUGUGAUUGGCGGAUAAGAAUGUUUUUUCCUGUAAGAAAUCCCUUGUUAUUA